CCAGCGAGGGGGCAGGUUUACUAAGUAGAAUGAACCAUUGCGUUUGGGAGAGAUAGGUGAAAUUCUAGUGUUAUACCACUAGGAAGGGGAAAGAUUCCCGUACAAAUGGGUUAUAGAGCAUUUAAAUGUAAAGAAAAAUACUCACAGGACUAUUUAAAAGCAAUCAGGUAAUUUCUCUUAUGUGAGCACCCCCACAGAUGCCCAUGGUGCUGGCUCCAGCUAAACCAAGCCCGCGGACCGGAGCUGACGAGGGUCAAUAUCAGUCAUGCAGGUUGUUAGAAACUCCGGGUUGAGGCUCCUGCAGUCAUGGGCUGGACCUAGGAUGACCAGGCUUGUGGCCGUUGCCCAAGCUGAGAAUAUCCACACCGGAGCCCCGAGGUUAGAAGACUCAGCUGCCAGGCAGAACACUGAAAACAAAGUGGCUCCGAGUCGCUUCAGCAUUUACCCUCCGGUCCCAGGACAGCAAAGCUCUCUGCGGUGGGCAGGGAUGAAAUUUGAGGAAGUCCCAAUUGCACACAUUAAAGCAACCUACAACAACACACAGAUCCAGGUGGUCUCUGCCACCAACACGUCCCUGGCCCGCGCCUCCUGUGGCACGGAAGGCUUUCGCAAUGCCAAGAAGGGCACCAGCAUCGCCGCACAGACAGCAGGCAUAGCUGCUGCAGCAAAAGCCACAGGAAAGGGAGUGACCCACGUCAGAGUCGUAGUGAAAGGCAUGGGACCAGGACGCUGGUCUGCCAUCAAAGGAAUGACCAUGGGGGGCCUGGAAGUGAUCUCAAUCACAGACAACACCCCUGUGCCACACAAUGGCUGUCGACCCCGGAAGCCUCGAAGGCUGUGAUGGGAAGGAAGCGUGCACUUGGACCUGACCUAAUUGACUCCUGUGGAUUCUACAGAAGGCCCACCGUGGAUGCUGCUGGAGCCGGCUGUUCUCCAGCCCUCCUUGCACUGAAGCUGGGGGUGCCGAGGCUGGCCUCUUGGACAUGAGGGAGUGGGAACUGCAAGCCCACUGUGGCCAGCUCCAACCUCUGCUCUGGAAAUAAAGGACGAUUCUCUGUA